AUGUCGCGUAAAGUGGAAAAAUCAAUUAUGCCAGAAGGGGAAUACGGUUCGGAAAAUCAUUUGGUGACGUCAACGAAUAAUAUGGGCGAAGACAUAAUAGAAAUCGAAGAAUCCUUCGACCCGCACAGCAUCACAGGCAUCCUCAACGUUUGCAAACAGAAACUUCUGAAACCUUACAUGCGAUUUCUGAGCCUUAUGGGUCUGAGACCCAUUAUCGACGACACCAACUUGCGUUUUAUGGGCAAAACUUUGAACUUAUUUUACAAUUUACAAGUUAUUUUAUUUCUGGUAACCGGCUAUCUAUUGCAAUACAUGUCAUGUUUCCGUCGAGAUAGAGGCUUUGGCAGUAUGAACUCGAACCUAACAGCCUCUAAACUUCAAAUGGAGGCUCUAUACGAGAAAACUUGCAGCGCCUCUAUGGCCUCGUGCUUCAUUAUUCCAAGUUUACUACACUUUACUGGUUACCUCUAUGCUUUAAUAAUCUUCAGACGCAACGACGAUGAUCAGCUACCAGUACUAAUUGAAAGAGUGUUUUUAAUAUCCAGUCAUGUGCCAAAUAUGCAAGUGAAUCAACGUCACAUUGUAAAAACCUUAUGGGUUUUCAUGAUUAGUAGCUUCAUUUGGAUGAUUGCUUCAAUGGCGCUGGUCAAUUACAUGAUGGCGGAAGAAGAUAUUAGUUUUAGGUGGCUGGAAAAUGGACCGUAUUGGGCCCAAUUUAGCCUCAAAAUAUUGCUGGUGGUUUGCAUUUUAUGGCACGACAUUGUCCAGGCCAGCGUGAUAUCGAAUUAUUGUUUGCAAGUGCAACUAUUGAGGACUUAUGUGCAAUUUAUAAGGGAGAAAUUGUUGCAGACGUCUAUUAGACCAUUGGAAUGGAUUAGGGAUGUAGAAGAAUUCCGCAAGUUGUUGGUGUAUUUGAAUGAAGAAGUGGCACCAGCUGUUUGUAUUUUAGGCUUGGUAAAUUGGGUUUACGCUGUUUCGGGUACAGUGUGGCUAUUGGCUGUACGAGACGACAGCGUGCCACUUUACACGGCUGCCAACCUAUUGAAUUUUUUUCUCUGGUGGUUCAUUGCCGCCGUUCCUUUUGUACAGGCAGCUCGAUUAACGAUGGCUUGUGAAAACGUGAAAACGGCAGGCCAAGAAGUCCGCACCCGCCCUUAUGCCCAUCAAGACACUCCAGUGCAAGAGCUCAACUCAAUAUUACUUUACACAAUUAGUUUGAAAAUGUACGCCAAACUUUACAACUUACCAAUACGCGGACGACAAAUUGGUAUAAUUUUCGCCAUUUUGUGUGUGGUUUUUUUGGUUUUGGCUCAAAACUAUCGAAUAUCAACUUCACCAUAG